UGCUGAGCGGUUGAUAUUUCUCGACUGGGGUAUCACUACUAGCGGAUAAUCGGCAUGUUCGGCGUUCUUAGUAUGUUUCUAUUUCUAUUUGAUUUGGAUGGUUCUUGUUGCUUGAAAAAUACCACCCAAUACCGUUCUGCCAGGUUCUGCCAGCACUUUCAUCCACCUUGAUUCAAGACUAUCCUGUCAUAACACUGUCAGCUGACUGCGCCUACUGCAUGCCACGUACCUUGAUCACUGCUCGCACCAGAUGCGACUAGACUCGAUUUGUUCGUGGUUCUCAAUUGGGUGCCAGCCAAUACUUAAUCGAUGACCCGCGAAGAAGAGAGUUGUCAGCCCUUCCCACUGUUCUUUUUUUUGAACGAUGUUUCCUCUCAGCGAUGCAAAAUUGGAAACAGCUGAUGCCUCCUCUAGCACACCCAGCCAUGCCCGUGAUCUCGAGAGGAGAUUGCUAAGGAAGCUUGAUUUGCGCAUGUCUAUAACCGUGCUUUUAUAUGCCCUGAACUACAUCGACAGAUCGAAUGUUGGUAGUGCACGGUUGGGAGGUUUCGAGAAAGACCUGCACCUGCAGGGGACUCAAUUUGCGACGGUCUUGUCCAUCAUGUAUGUGGGAUUCAUUAUCAUGCAGGUGCCAUCGAAUAUGAUUCUGCACUGGUUGGAGAGACCUUCUAUUCUGAUUCCUUGUAGUAUGGCGUUAUGGGGCGUAGUAUCAGCAUUAACAGGGAUCACAAAGAAUUAUACGGGGGUUCUUCUCGUACGUUCAUUGCUUGGUUUUGCCGAAGGACCCUUCUUCCCCGGCAUCAUAUUUCAUAUAUCUGGAUGGUACAAGCGAGACGAGCUCGCCGUGCGAACGACUCUCGUUACUUGUGGAGGUGUGCUCAGCGCUGGAUUCGGAGCCUUGAUUGCAUCCGGUAUACUUUCAGGCAUGCAGGGAAAACUUGGUCAAGCUGCGUGGAGAUGGUUGUUUUACAUCGAGGGCGGCGCCACCAUUCUAGUCGCGAUUUGUGCAAUGUUCAUUCUUCCUGAUUUCCCGCACAACACCAGAUGGCUCACUCCGGAGGAAAGAGCACUUGCUAUUUCUCGCCUUGCAGAAGAUGGCCAGGGAAGAGCUGACGAGCUUGGGAAACAGACGACCGUGCAAGGACUGCGGGAUGCUGUGUCCGACUGGAAGGUGUGGUGGUUUUCAGUCGCGCUCACUGUCAGUUAUGUGGCGCUGUCAUUCAGCGUUUACUUCCCAACGAUCGUCGCGACUCUGGGAUACGAUACGACGAUAACUUUGCUGCUCGCCGCUCCUCCAUGGGUAUUGUCCACGAUAGUUGCAUUUGUUAUGUCAAGGUACUCUGACAAGAAGAGAAAGCGUUUUAUAUUCAUUUGUUUAUCAAAUGCACUCACUGCCCUUGGAUUCAUCAUAUCCAUCUGUACGAUGAACACGGUUGCGCGCUACGUUUCGGUGUUCCUGAUGGCUCAAAUCGCCGGAGGACAAAUAAUACUCUGGGGGUGGGUCAACAACACUUUUACCAGAGAACCUGCCAAGCGGGCUGUUGCCAUCGCUAUAAUUAGUGGAUUUUCUGCGAUAGGGAACAUCAUUGGAUCGUACGUCUGGCCGCUUCAAUGGGGCCCGACAUAUCGUUAUUCCUCUGCGAUCUGCUUGGGAGCACUCGGGGUGUCGACGACCAUGUUUGGUAUGAUGUAUUUGCAUUUGAAGCGUUUGAAUGAGCGGAUUGAGAGGAACGAGCGGGAUGGGAAGGAUAUUGAUAUCAGUCACAUUGGUUUUAGAUAUCUGCUUUAGUCUGUGAUUAUUGCGGCCUUCACUCAUGUAGCUAGGGAAUGGAGAAUACUUAGAACAGCUUCUUAGUA